UUAAUGAGGAAAAUAGUGAUAAUAAGAACGAACAGUCGGACAAUAAUGAAAUAAUUGACAACACUUGUCAAUUACAACAAAUAAACGGAAAAAAGAAAAAACCAAACCAACUUAAUGGUACUCCUGCUACUACAGAAGACGGAAAUUUACUCGUUUCAAGAAGCUUGUCUUAUAGUAAUGGUGAUCGAAAUAAUGAUUUUGUUUCUGAGAGUUCUCGGAUUCCAAUAUCUAAAAGAGUUAUGAUCCGAAAAACUUCGAAAAAUAUUGAGUUAGGUGGUAAUCGUAAACUUAGCAUUCCCUUAAAAUCAAGACAAGUAAAACUUUACAGAAAUCUUUCAAGUAAAAGCAAAUUAUUUGCUACUACUUUUCGUCGCGUGCCGGAUAGUUCCAGUGGCUCCGUUCCCUCAAGCGACUCCGAACUGGAAAGUCACUAUAUGAAUGGAAAUAGCGCUAUUCAAUUUUAUAAAUAUCCGCUUCGAUCUCGAUCCGGCAGAUUGUCGAUUUCUAGGCGAUUGGAAUGUGCAGCCGUAAGCAAACGAAAGGUUUCUCUACGUUCGUCUGAUGCUCGAAUCUCUGAAGAUAUAGAUUCUCGAAAAAAAAUACGUUUUGAUGAAGAUUCUUAUAGUAGCGAAGAAGAAAUUUUGUGUUCAGGCCAAGUUUUUACUUGCAGUCCAAUUACCCCAAUCAUUACUCAUGCUCAAAAAAGCGAUGCUCAAAAAAGCGAUGCUAAUAUCGACAAUUUACAAGUAUCACCAAUACCAAAACCGAUAAAUGGAAAAAAUGUUGAUAAGCAGGUUUCAAAUUCUAUUCCACAAAACACUAUCAGCUCUCCUACUAACGUUAACGUUAACAUGAAUGGUUCUCAAGAACUUGCGCAAAAACCUUCAAACGAUUCAAAUUUGGGAACUACCACCGCUAAUGAUGCCAGUUCAUCUUCAAAAAGGCAAACCGAUCAUCAUUAUUCUAUUCAGAAUAGUAAAACAAGUAUUGCAACAUCAACUAAUCAGUGUGUAAAUAUAAAUGUAAAUACGCAAUCUUCUGAAUCAUUACAAUUAAUUGCUCCUAAACCA